CAGCAUCCUGUGACCUCCGCCUACUUUAUCUUCUUCAUCUCCAUGAAUUCGGCAGACUUUAGCACCAACAGGCACUCUGCCAACGUGCACACGGCCGUCAAACAUACGGAUCUUUACUUCAACGACGGAAAUAUCGUUAUACUCGCCGGCACGUCCUAUUUCUUGGUUCAUCGAGGUCUUGUCUCGCGGCAUUCCGAGGUUCUAGAUCAGCUCAUGCGCUCCAUGGACAACGCUCCAGCAUUCGAAGGCUGCCCAGUUCUCAUCUUACCAGACCAAUCUAUAGACAUAGAACACUUCUUGAAAGCGUUAUAUGAUGGAAUAUCUUUUGUAACAUAUGAUUCACAGGGUUUUCCAACGGUCUCAGGCCUUCUCCGCAUGUUGACCAAGUACAAGGUGCACCAUCUCCGGAAGGAUAUCUUACGUGCGCUCUCCGCCUCCUGGCCUACUACCCUUACCCAAUGGGACGCGCGUGAGGCUUCUGUGACCGAAAAAGAUGGUACAUAUACACCACGCGAAUCUCUGCCUCACCCUAUAGAAAUCAUCAAACUUGCUCGUGAAAUCGAUUACCCGCCACUUGUCCCAUCCGCGAUGUACGACCUAUCUCGUUCCACUCCAAGUCAGGCCGCGGUCGGUAUCGUGUCACCACUCACCGGAAAACAAGUCACAUUAGAAUACGCCGACCUUCUAAGCGUUCUGAAAGGUCGCGAACAGGCUUCUCGUUUCUUCUCAACGUUCAUCGUCAACCAUCUCGAAGGAAGGCAUGUCUCUCGAUUGUGUCAAUAUCGCAAGGAUAGCCACCCCGUCAACAAGACCUGUCAGAUCGCGUUCGAGGCCAUCACAUUCGAACUUCUGCAAGACAUCAACGGCAUCAUCAGCAACCGCACCUCCGAUCCACUGUACGCGAUGUCUGAAGCAGAACAAAUGCAGCUCCGUGACGACCCGUUGGGCAGCGAAGUUUCUCCCAUGAAAACGUGCGAAACCUGCCGGGGUGACUUCGGGGCGGAAGUCGAUGCAGCAAAGGAAGAGUUCUGGAAAAAGUUGCCCAAGUGGUUCGAUAUAGAUGUUUCACCCUGGGGUUGAUUAUCGUCAAUUCUUGUAUUCCGUUUCUUGUUUUGUACUUACUGUGGGUUGCAAC